CAUACUCAAACACAUCGGUGAUAUGGCAGCCGGGAAACACACAGCCAUUUUAUAAUCCGCAGCCUGUCUGUUAAAUUUGCAGUCUAAACGGAUUUGUUCCAUCUUUUAAUAAUGGGUCAGUGUGGGAUUACGUCGUCUAAGACCGUUUUGGUGUUCCUGAACCUGAUAUUUUGGGCUGCUGCUGGCAUUCUGUGCUAUGUUGGAGCCUACGUGUUCAUCACGUAUGAUGACUAUGACCAUUUCUUUGAGGAUGUGUACACCCUGAUCCCAGCCGUUGUUAUUAUCGCAGUCGGAGCGCUGUUGUUCAUUAUUGGACUCAUUGGAUGCUGCGCCACUAUUCGAGAGAGCCGCUGCGGUCUUGCCACGUUUGUCAUCAUUCUUAUGCUGGUAUUUGUGACUGAGGUGGUUGUGGUGGUUCUCGGCUAUAUUUACAGAGCAAAGGUGGAAGACGAGGUCAAUCAUUCCAUCCAGAAAGUGUAUGAUGAAUACAACGGCACCAACACGGAUGCUCCCAGCCGUGCUAUUGACUAUGUUCAGAGACAGCUCCAUUGCUGCGGCAUCACUAACUACUCAGACUGGAAGAACACGCGUUGGUUUAAGGAGUCUAGAAACAACAGUGUGCCACUGAGCUGCUGCAAACCCAACGUGAACAACUGCACCGGCUCCCUCUCCCGCCCCAGAGACCUCUAUCCUGAGGGAUGUGAAGCCCUGGUGGUGAAGAAACUGAAAGAGAUUAUGAUGUACGUCAUCUGGGCCGCUCUGACGUUUGCUGCAAUUCAGAUGCUGGGAAUGCUGUGUGCUUGUGUGGUGCUGUGUCGCGGUUGCCGAGACCCGGCCUACGAGCUCCUCAUCACCGGAGGGACAUAUGCAUGAAAGAACCUAGCAGACAGACUUUCUCUUUUCAUUCACAAACACACACACACACUGGGCUCAGGUGGAAUGCUGGAUAUGCCCUAAUUUAUCUCUUUCUACACACCUUACACAGGGUUUGCUCACACGUUGCACUGGUGGUGGGUAAAACAAAGUGCAUACUAUUUAUUUAUACAGUAUAUGUCACUGAAAACGACUGCAUUUUAAUUUAAACUUUUGUUUAUCUCAAAGGCGUCCUGCCAGACUGCAAAAUGGCAAAGAGCCAGAUUUUAAUCCCGCUGAGAGGACUUUAAAAUGCUCAAGAAAAGUUAACAUUUUCUCUUCCUUGUCGCUGUUAUAUGGAGAGGAAGAUGCAGUUAUUGUAUGGAAUAAUAUGUGGAAUGUAUGCUUUCCUCAUUUGUUAGUUUGCACUAUGUGUAUGGUUUAGUUAUAUAUAUUACAAAUACCAUGAUAGUAAAUGGUUGGGAUGGGGAAGUGCUUUGAUACGAGAGAAUCGACUCGUGGUACGGCUGUCUCAGAUGUCACCCAUCACCAGUCCACCGCUCAGCGACAGUGGCAGUGUGAGAGACAGGUCUGGAUUGACCACACAAGAUUGCUUGGCAUUGUGGGUCUAAUCGUACAGCCAAAUGUUCAAAAUGGGAUUCACACACUCAGUGGAUUUACAUCGGUUUGCAUGCAAUGUGAAAAAGUUUGGGGGAUGCUCUAGAUGCGCUACCUAUCAUUUACUGAACUUGUUUUUUUUUUUUUUUCAUUGCUUACAGCGUGAAUAUUACUAGUCUAAUAAUAGAUACAAGUUUAAGUUAGUUUGGAUAAUGUAGGUAUGUUGAACAGGGUCAACAGUGUAUUAUUUUAAAUGAAUGUACAUAGGGAGGAAACAUGGUGAAAUAAGAUUGUAAUAUCGAUCGUAAAAUAAAUGUUUCAUAAGUUGA